CGUUCAAAACACACACACACACACACACACACACACAGGGAGAGCGAGCUCUGUCUUCUGUGGUUUUAUUUAUUAAUGUUUCGGUUUUGCCUUUGAACGCGUUGAAGUGUCGUUUUCUUUUCUGAAGCGACGCGUUUUCACUCGGAGCCGCUGCCCUCACUCGACUUUACACCCCCCUCAAAAUAACAGAGCAGGUGUGAUGGCGAAGAGGAUCGCGGAUAAAGAGUUGACGGACAGGAACUGGGAUCAGGAGGACGAGGGAGAGGAGGCGGGGCAAUUUUCUAUUGCAAGUGACGAUGUGAUGAAGAAUCGAGCGAUUAAGAAAGCCAAACGCAGAAACAUCGGGUCUGAGGGCGAAGGUGCAGGAGCUUUCAAAGGUUUUAAAGGGUUUUCUCUGACGUCGGUAGCAGCGAGCGGCAGCUCAGCGCCGACCAUGUUUUCUGGUUUCGGUAACGGUGGAGGCUUUAAAGGCAUCAGCAGUCUGACUAACGGAAACAGCUCCGCACCCUCGUUCGGAGGUUUCUCGUCUCCUGUGGCGUCCACUGCUUCUCCAGGUCUCACAUUCAACGGCCCCGCCUCCGCCAAACCUGCCGCCGCUGUCACAGCCAAGCAGACCAACGGCUCCGCCCCCGGCUCCACCCAGAGCAGCAGCGGCGGCGUCAGCAGCAACAAGGAGUACAGUCGACAGCUCACGGCGCUCAACUGCUCGGUGCGGGACUGGAUCACCAAACACGUCAACGACAACCCGCUGUGUGACCUCAACCCCAUCUUCAGGGAUUACGAGCGACACUUGGCGAGCAUCGAGCAGCAGUACGGCACUGCAGCAGCAGCAUCAGCAGACAGAGGCUCUGAGGAGAAGAAGGAUGGAACAUUGGCGGCCACAGCUUCAGCAUCUCCUCCUGCUUCAUCCUCCUCCAGCAGCAGCAGCAGCAGCUCCUCCGCUCCUGCCGGCAGUUUAUUCUCCUUCGGUAAGAAAACGACAGACACCUCAAGCUCCGCCACCACCACUCCAAUCCCCGCCGGCAUCACAUUUAACUUCGGGCAGAAGGUGGACAGCUCCGUCCUCGGGUCUUUGGGCUCCAAACCCAGCUUCUCCUUCUCCUCGUCCUCCUCCAGUCAGAGUUCACUGUUCGGAGCGUCGGGAUCUGCCGCUCCUCUGUCCUUCAGCGGGGCAAAGUCUGACAGCGCGCCACCUGCUGGCGAGAACGGAGACGAAGAAUCUGACGAGCCGCCCAAACCCGAGAUCAAGGAGGUCAAGGAAGAUGACGCUUUCUACUCAAAGAAGUGCAAACUGUUCUAUAAGAAAGACACAGAGUUCAAAGACAAAGGAGUGGGGACGCUGCACCUGAAGAACCUGGAUGAGGGGAAGACACAGAUGGUCAUCCGAGCCGACACCAACCUGGGAAACAUCCUGCUGAACAUCGUGCUGCAGUCGUCGAUGCCGUGCUCGCGCAUGGGCAAGAACAACGUGAUGGUCGUGUGCGUCCCCAACCCGGCCAUCGACGACAAGAACCCCGGCAGCCCAGUGCCGUUCCUCAUCAAGGUGAAGACGGGCGAGGACGCCGACGAGCUGCACAAGACGUUGGAGGAGAAGAAAGUGUGAGGCCUUCUUUAAACUAGGUCUCUGAACUCCACACACACACACAGUGUAUGAAACGGUUCAUCGCCACAGCAACAUCAUCUGUCGUCAUACUGUGAAAUAUCUGUUCGUUUUAAUCGUAAACGGCGCCGUCAUCGCCACAUUCCUCAGUCGCCGCCGCAGAAUCGGAUUCUGCUUUUACGCUUUUUUUUUCUCCUUUUUUAAAAAUUUGGUCGCAGAGACUGAAUGUAGAGUUAUGGAAAUUGUGAUAAUUCUAAAAAAAAAAAAAACACAACUCGUUACCACUGAGGUUUUUUGGGGGUAGCGCUCCGAACAAAAGUCGAUUUGGUUUUACAAAUUCAAAAAACAUCUAAACAGUUAUAAAGUGUGCGAGAACUGAGCGUCUGCUGCUUAUUUGUUUUUUUUUUCUUUUUUGGGGGAAACUAUUUAUUCGUCGUUGGGAUUCGUAAAUAGUGGAGCUUGUGUGUGUGUGAAAGGGACGCGGCGUGCGUUGUUUUUUUUUUUCAAGUGUCCUUCAGGAAGAGGCUGUCGUCGUCUGAGCGUUUGUACGUGACGAAUAAAAGCAAACAAACAAAAAAAGCUGCUGCUUCUUGGUUCUCGUGGGUUUUUUUUGUUUCCAUGUUGAAUCGCAGAUUAUUUUACUGGUCAUAAACAAACAUUAGAGGAAAUUAAAUGAAUUGAAUAUAGGAUUUUUAACUGUUUGUGGGGCUUUUAUUUUUCUAAUAAAUUACCCAUUUUUAUUUCUAGUCAAGCACAAAAUGUUAUAUGUUCCCUCCGUCCAGUAGGUGGCACUGUGACUGAAAAUUGUCAUGUUGGUGUUUUCAGGUUUAGUUCAAAGACUUGAAUACGGUCCCUUAAAAUACAACUUCUUGUUUUGUGGGGAAACACU